UUCACCACAGCACUAAGCUCCUCAAUCUAUACAUAAACAUAUGCACAGAGCGAGGAAAAUACUUUUAGUUACUAUUGAAACUCAUAUAUACUCAUGGGUUUGAAAGAAUUUCAAUCGGAAAUAAAGCUCGAAAUAGAUGAUCCCCCAAUAAUAAUCACCAAAGAUACUAGUAAUAGAAUUGAAACUACUACUACAAUAUCUGAUGACGAAGGCCAUAAAAACGAGCAUUCAUUUUCAUGGAUACUAACAAGAGUUCAUGCUGGAUACUUCAGAAUUACUCUUUCACUGUGUAGCCAAGCUUUAUUGUGGAAAUCUCUUCUCGAUUCGUCAGAUAUGUUUCUUCCCCAUAUGCUGAAACCAUUAUCAAGAGCAUUCAUACUUCUAUGGUCUGUUUCUCUGUUCACACUACUUAGUUUGUCACUACUCUACAUGCUAAGGUGUUUAUUUCACUUCAAAAUGGUGAAAGCUGAAUUCUUGCAUCAUGUUGGUGUUAAUUACUUAUUUGCUCCAUUUAUUUCUUGGCUGCUUUUACUUCAAUCUUCACCUUUUAUUGCACCCAAGAGUAUCUCCUACUUCGUACUAUGGUGUGUUUUUGUGAUGCCACUUUUGAUCCUUGAUGUAAAAAUCUAUGGUCAAUGGUUCACCAAAGGAAAGAGAUAUUUAUCAGUCGCAGCGAAUCCGACGAGUCAGAUAUCAGUGAUUGGCAACUUGGUAGGUGCUAGAUCAGCCGCUGAGAUGGGUUGGAAUGAGGGUGCAGUUUGUUUGUUCUCAUUAGGGAUCAUACAUUAUUUGGUUCUGUUUGUAACAUUGUAUCAGAGGUUGACCGGGAACAAUAACGGAAUACCUGCUUUGUUGAGACCCGUUUUUUUCUUGUUCAUAGCUGCUCCUAGCAUGGCAAGCUUGACUUGGGAUUCUGUCUCUGGUUAUUUUGGCACUCCUUCAAAGAUGCUCUUCUUUCUCUCAGUUUUCCUUUUCACUUCCCUGGUAUGUAGAACCAACUUUGUUCAAGAAGUCGAUGAAGAAAUUUAGUGCAACAUGGUGGGCAUACUCAUAUCCAUUAACAGUACUAGCAAUGGCUUCCAUGGAGUAUGCCAGAGAAGUGAAAGGCGGUAUCCCUGAUGCCCUCAUGUUCACCUUGUUGGGUCUAUUUUGUUCUUGUUUUCCUGGCCUUGAUUAUAUUUACUGCAUUCAACAGUAAUAAACUGUUAACUAAUCAUGAUUCCAUUACGUACAACUGCAUCAGUAAGAACAGUAUUCAGACAAGCUGUGAUGAGAAUUUAUCUUGAUCUAUGUUUGGCAACCCUUGCUCACUUGAUUACAUUACUCCAGGGUAAUCUAUGAGAGUAUGUGAAGGGCAAAAUGGGACGGAAAAGAAAGAAAAAGCAAGAAAGAGUAGACGUGCGAGAACAAUGACCGUCUAUUGCUCAUCUUGGUAUAUUCUUAGGAAUUGUUCCUCCGGGACCCAUGUAUGCUCCGUCUAUAUAAACUAUCAGUCACAGGAACCAAAAUAAUAUUCAUUACUGGCAACCGAAGAAUUGAGAAGCAUGAUUCCCCUUGAAGAAGAAGACCAACUAAGAUUACAGGUAAACUUUUUAGAGUUUAGAGACAGAAUCUUUGCUUUGCUUGUGGGAUAAACCCACAGCCUAUAUAUAAUUACUUGUUAUCAUGUGUGUCCGAAAUUUCCUUUAAGCCAAUACAUGCAAUAGAAAUUCUA